UUGCUUUGUCCCAGGGCAGGCAUUAAGCAUCCAUGUAUACUUGUUUCCCUUUGGCUCCUAAAUAAAAGUUGAAAGGAGCAAACAGCCUGUCCUUGUUAUCCCUUCCUUUCUCCGCAUCAAAAUUUCAACCAAACAACCGGGCAUUUGGAAACAAUAAUUUAUUAUUAUAAACUCCAAUUUCAACUCAAAAUAACUAAACAUAAUCUCAUUAGCAGUUUUUGGUCCUUCAUUGGACCUAGCUAGCAGCUAGCUACCUCCUCACUUCUUGUUUCUUGUUUAUUCAUCAUCCACUUUAUGUACUUUAGCUCUUCGUGGCAUUCUGCUAGGAAUUAGGAACUGAUUUUCCUCUUUUUUUUUUUUUCAUAUAUACUUUGAUAAUUUAUUAUUGCUUCUUAUAUAUAUGGAAUCCUUGUCAGGAAAUGAAUGGCUACAAACACCAUACCAGUUUUCUUCUGCUCAACAUUGUUGUCUUGGUAUAAACAGAAAACGCUGAAACGAAAAGCUUUGCUCACUGGGGGUGAGAAGGUUUUGGGGAACAGGGAGAUAGCUCUGAGUCUGAGGAAACUAAAUCUUAUACAUGGACUGGAACUCGAAGGAAAAUUAUUGGGAUUUAACUGAUUUCAAGCGAGAAGCUAUUCCAAUUAUAGAUGAAUUUCAUAGGACUAGCGGUGGGGAGUUUUCGAUUGAUCUGAAACUUGGUAGAGUCAGCAGUAAUUCAAAUGACAAAUCAAUAAAUCAGAGGAAGAAGCCUGGACCUGGAGUCUCAAAAACGAAAUCUUCACCUUCAGUAUCAACGAAGAGGGCACGAUCAAGAAAUAAUGGAACUCAGGCAGCGCUUUGCCUUGCUGAUGGAUGCAAUACAGACCUUACCAAUUGUAGAGACUACCAUAGGCGUCAUAAGGUUUGUGAGCUUCACUCCAAGUCUCCACAAGUUACUAUAGGAGGCCUAAAGCAACGGUUCUGCCAGCAAUGUAGCAGGUUCCAUUCCUUAGAGGAAUUUGACGAAGGGAAACGAAGCUGCAGGAAACGUCUUGACGGACACAACCGGCGACGAAGGAAGCCUCAGCCAGACCUCCUAUCGCGUCCUGGAAGCUUUUUGUCCAAUUUCAAUGGGACCCACAUGUUGCCAUUCCCUAGUCCACAUGUUUAUCCAACCACCACAGUGGUGAGUCCUCCCUGGUCAGGAAUUGUUAAUGGUGAGGUAGAUGCUAGUACCCAUUUUGGUCUGCAACAACAAAUGCAUAUGCCUGGCAAGCAGAAUCUGUUCUUUGGAUCCUCCUCGAGCGGCAGCAACAAAUUAGGAUGGAAGCAAUUCCCAUUCUUGCAAGUUGACAAACCUCCUACAUCGUCUACUCCUUCUCCUCCUCAUGAAGCUUUCAUCUGCCAGCCUCUUCUGCGGAACAAAAUUCCAUUGUCAGACAGCAGCGUGGCUGGUAGCUACAGCAUAUUCUGUGACAGGCUUGCGACAAUAACACAAGUCCAAGACUCGAAUUGUGCUCUCUCUCUUCUGUCAUCAACUCAAACGCAGACAUAUGGGAACCACAUAGUGCAACCCAACUCAAUCCCCUUAGUGCACCCCAUGGACCCAAUGGACUCGGUUCUGGUAUCCAAGGACAGGCAUGGUGGUUCUUCUUGGUCCUCCGGUAGCAAACCCUCUCACACACUUCCAUUUAAUUGGGAGUAGUAAUAACAAUAAUAAUGGCAUGGAUUUUCAGAUCGGUAGGUAAUAAUUGAGAAUUAAUUCUGCUCAAAUGAUUUCCAUUUUUUCUGAAUUGCAUUGUUUAUGUUCAUUUCUUUAUAUUGCAUUACGGAUCAUAGCGCAUUAUGCAUGCGAUGCAUGCCAACAGUGAUAACUUUUCUUUUAAUAAUAAUCCUUAUUUUAAAUUUA